AUGAGGCAAAACCCGAGUGUAAAACCUGCGGGAAACAGCAUUUUGGAAAAUCAACAUGAGCAACCCAAAGGUUGUGGCAUCUGUAAGCAGAUGGAUCACAAAUCCCAUGAAUGCAAAGAUCUGAAGAAUGCCACCUAUUAUGGAUGUAGCGAGAAAGGGCAUAUAAAGAGCCACUGCCCAAAGUGGGCAACUGACAGGAAGAACAAGGCCACUGAAGCCAAGAAAGGCAAUGCUAGAGCCUUUCAGCUGACUGCAAGACAAGCAUUUAAAGAUGCAAAUGUCAUUUCGGGUACGUUUCUCGUAAAUGAUAUAUUUGCUAGAGUCUUAUUUGAUUCCAGAGCUGAUAAGAGCGUCGUUGACUAUAAAUUUAGCAAACUCUUAAACCUGCCCUUAAGAACCUUAGACAUUACUUAUGAGGCCGAAAUGGCUGGUGGUAGCAUAGAAAUAACUUCCAUAAUUCUUGAUGGAUGCGCUAUAUCCAUCAAGAACCAAUCUAUCCCUGUUAACCUUCUACCUAUGAAUCUCGUGGGAUUCAAUAUAGUUUUAGGCAUAGAUUUGUUCGCGCAUAACCAAGCCUGCAUUGCCUGCGAUAAGAAACAUCAUCGACAAUAUACUUAUCUACUCGCGCAGAAAAGAUGA